CCAGCGCCGGGAACAUGGAGAGCGAACGCGACAUGUACCGCCAGUUCCAGGACUGGUGCCUCAGGACUUACGGGGACUCAGGCAAGACCAAGACGGUGACCCGUAAAAAAUACGAGCGGAUUGUUCAGCUCCUCAACGGCUCCGAGUCGAGCUCCACGGAUAACGCCAAAUUUAAAUUCUGGGUCAAAUCGAAGGGCUUCCAGCUGGGCCAGCCGGACGAGGUCCGCGGGGGUGGCGGAGGCGCCAAGCAAGUGCUUUACGUGCCCGUCAAAACCACGGAUGGCGUAGGGGUAGAUGAGAAACUGUCUUUACGGCGGGUAGCUGUGGUUGAAGAUUUCUUUGACAUUAUCUAUUCGAUGCAUGUGGAAACAGGGCCAAAUGGAGAACAAAUUCGAAAACAUGCUGGACAAAAGAGAACUUACAAAGCAAUUUCAGAGAGCUAUGCCUUCCUACCAAGAGAAGCGGUGACACGGUUUCUAAUGAGCUGCUCAGAGUGCCAGAAAAGAAUGCAUUUAAACCCAGAUGGAACAGAUCAUAAAGAUAAUGGAAAACCUCCCACUUUGGUGACCAGCAUGAUUGACUACAACAUGCCAAUUACCAUGGCGUAUAUGAAGCACAUGAAGCUGCAGCUGCUAAACUCACAGCAAGAUGAGGAUGAAAGUUUAAUAGAAAGUGAUGAAUUUGAUAUGAGCGAUUCAACACGGAUGUCAGCUGUGAACUCUGAUCUUAGCUCCAAUCUUGAGGAAAGAAUGCAAAGCCCACAGACACUUCAUGGCCAGCAAGAUGAUGAUUCCGCUGCAGAGAGCUUUAAUGGCAAUGAGACUCUGGGGCACAGUUCAAUUGCUUCAGGGGGAACACACAGCAGGGAGAUGUGCGACUCCAAUGGUGAUGGCAAAACUGGGCUGGAGCAGGACGAACAGCCACUGAACCUGAGUGACAGUCCCCUCUCAGCACAGCUGACUUCAGAAUACAGAAUAGAUGAGCACAGCAGUGAUGGGAAAAACAAAUACAAGAAUCUUCUAAUUUCUGACCUCAAGAUGGAACGAGAGGCUCGAGAAAAUGGAAGCAAGUCUCCUGCACAUAGCUACUCAAGCUACGAUUCUGGCAAAAAUGAGAGUGUGGACCGGGGUGCUGAGGACCUAUCUCUAAACAGGGGGGAUGAAGAUGAAGAUGACCAUGAUGACCAUGAUGAUUCUGAGAAGGUGAACGAGACAGAUGGCGUGGAAGCAGAACGGCUGAAAGCUUUUAAUAUGUUUGUCAGGCUGUUUGUAGAUGAAAACUUGGACCGAAUGGUCCCAAUCUCUAAGCAGCCCAAAGAAAAGAUCCAGGCUAUCAUUGACUCAUGCAGGCGACAAUUCCCUGAGUAUCAAGAGCGUGCCAGAAAACGUAUACGUACUUACCUCAAGUCCUGCAGGCGGAUGAAAAGAAGUGGUUUUGAGAUGUCUCGACCUAUUCCUUCCCACCUUACUUCAGCAGUUGCAGAGAGUAUCUUGGCCUCAGCCUGUGAGAGUGAGAGUAGAAAUGCUGCCAAGAGGAUGCGCCUGGAUAGACAACAGGAUGACUCUGCUCCCGCCGACAAGCAGUGCAAACCGGAGGCGGCCCAAGCCACUUACUCAACCUCAGCCAUGUCGGGGUCCCAGGAGGUGUUGUACAUCAAUGGAAAUGGAACCUACAGCUACCACAGUUACAGAGGCCUGGGAGGGGGACUGCUAAACCUGAAUGAUGCUUCCAGUAGCGGACCUACUGAUCUCAGCAUGAAGAGGCAACUGGCAACUAGCUCAGGAUCCUCCAGCAGUUCAAGCUCCAGACCCCAGCUGAGUCCAACUGAAAUCAAUGCUGUGAGACAGCUUGUUGCAGGAUAUCGAGAAUCAGCUGCAUUUUUAUUGCGUUCUGCAGAUGAACUGGAAAAUCUUAUUUUACAACAGAACUGAAUCAAAUGGCGCCCAUACUCAGUGAGAGCUAAAUUUGCAGUUUCCACUAAUGACAUUUUGAUUUUGCAGCAGAGAUGCUUCUGAUCUUACUGCAGUCUUUUAAGAAAAAUACUUGCAUAAUGCCACAUUGUCCUUGAUCCAUAAAAGUGAUGUGUUAAGGUGCUUCAAAGGAACUCUGCCCUCUGAAGUACUUGAGAUACUUUAAUGUGUCCAGCCUCCUGCUUUUUGUUUUUGUGUGUCAGCAUAAAUAUCUGGGGGGAUAAAAAAAAAGGCUGUAAAUCCCUAAUUCAAGGAUAAAAUGGAAGAAGCUUUGUGGUAUAAAAAUAAUUCAAGAUCCAACUGAAAUAUUAGUGGAAUUGCUACUGACUCAUGGGACUGAAAGCUCCAGUAACUGGCAAAAAAAAAAAAAAAAAAAACACUUGAUGCUGGAAAACCCCUUGCCUACGUUCUUUAAAUCGUCACACCAGGAAACUACUUCCAACAGAAGCCUGCAUUUCAGACUCAUGUUGAUCUCAAGCAUCCCACUCAACACUGCAGCUUUCCCAUAGCUGUGUUCAUCAUACAAUUUUUUUCUGAU